UUAUUCCAUUUUGAAUCUAGCCACACACAAUUUUUUAAUUGGAGUCCAAGCAACGCGAAGGAUUAUUCCCCGAUAUUUUGGAAGUUUAAGCUUAAAAUAUCACGGGCGAAUAGACCUCAAUUCAAAAUUUGUUUGCACAGUCCCGAAAAAACAAUUUGCGAAUAAAGAAUAACGCUGUGCCAUUGAAAAUUAAGAAAACCUGAAUUAUGAAUGAACCAGAUUGGUAUGUCAAAUUCAAUGAUGUUCAACGUCAUGAUGCCUCGGAGAUUUUUCGCGAAUAUUACAAACAAUUUCAAUGGCGCUAUGAUGGUCGUGAUUCCCUACUCGAUAUUGGUUCCGGUAAUGGUGAUGUUCUAAUGGACUUUAUUUAUCCCAACAUGCCAAUGAAUUUUCAACGUCUCGUUUGUUCCGAUAUAAAUCCUAAAUAUGUGGACUAUGCCGAGCGCCAGUAUGGCCAUCUGCCCAAGGUGGAAUUUAAAGUUUUAGAUAUUGCCACCAACAAAGAGUUACCCAAAGAUUUGGAACAACAAUUCGAUCAUGUUGUCUCAUUUUAUGCCCUAAUGUGGCUACAGAAUCAAAGACAAGGCUUUAAGAAUAUUUUUAAUCUUCUGAGGCCGAAUGGCGGCGACUGCCUUUUGGUUUUCUUGGCUACCCACAUUAUCUAUGAUGCCUACAAGAUGUUGAGUCAAAUGGAUAAGUGGCACAAUUACAUGUCGGAUGUGGAUACCAUUAUCUCACCCCUACAUCAUGUCAAAAAUCCGGAUGAAAAAAUUGCCGCCAUAAUGACAGAUGUAGGAUUUUGUAAAUUCGAGGUCAAGCUGUUGCAGAAAAGUUUUGAUUAUGAUAGUUUGGAGGUUUUUAAAGCCAACAUGAAAGCCGUCAAUCCAUUUUUGCCACGAAUACCUGUGUCAUUACAUGACGAGUACAUGGACGAUUUGAUGCUAAUGGUUUUAAAACUUAAGGGCUUGACACCCCAGCAACAGGAUGCCAAGGCAAAAAUCUCAAUACCCUAUGGGUUAAUUGUGGUUUUUGGUCGAAAACCGUCAUGUUCCAUGUAUCAGAGUUUUAAAAAGAAUGUUUUAGGAAUGUGUCGCCCGGAAAAUAAAUAAAAGAUAUUUAGAUUUAACAAAAUUGGAAAAAAAUACUGGAGGCAAGAAAAAUACAUUCUUCCAUCUCUUUGGAGAGAACAUUACGCAAUAUAUCCG